AAUCAGCCCUCUCCAAGUUUUGCAGGCUCCCGGGCGGAAGGCCAGAGUGAAUUGGACUCUGUGGGGAGAACGGGCCGAGUGGGCUGGGGAGGGUCCAGGAGGCCUCCGCGUCCUGACUUCACAGUCCCGGGAAGAGGGCGUGUGGAGGCUUGUCAUCCCCACGAAAUCUGGAACUCCGGACGUGGGAGUGCAGGUGGCAGUCCUAUCUCCCAAUGCCUUGGCCGUUUUCGGUUGUCCUGCUGCAGCUUUAAGAAUUUGCUAGAAUUUGGAACCGAGUAUAUUUCCUGACAUUUGAACACAGGACCCAGGGGUUCUUGGAGAGGAACUUUGUCCCAGAGUAGCAAGACUACCCAUAAAAAUGAGUCCUGCAGAUGCCAUUGAUGAUGAAAAUACAUUUAAAAUCUUAGUUGCAACGGACAUUCAUCUUGGAUUUAUGGAAAAAGAUGCAGUCAGAGGAAAUGACACAUUUGUAACGUUUGAUGAAAUUUUAAGACUUGCCCAGGAAAAUGAAGUGGAUUUUAUUUUGUUAGGUGGUGAUCUUUUUCAUGAAAAUAAGCCCUCAAGGAAAACAUUACAUACCUGCCUCGAGCUAUUAAGAAAAUACUGUAUGGGUGAUCGUCCUGUCCAGUUUGAGAUCAUCAGCGACCAGUCAGUUAACUUUGGUUUUAGUAAGUUUCCAUGGGUGAACUACCAAGAUGGCAAUCUCAACAUUUCAAUUCCAGUGUUUAGUAUUCACGGCAAUCAUGAUGAUCCCACAGGGGCAGAUGCACUCUGUGCCUUGGAUAUUUUAAGUUGUGCUGGAUUUGUUAAUCACUUUGGACGUUCAAUGUCUGUGGAGAACAUAGACAUUAGUCCACUUUUGCUUCAAAAAGGAAGCACAAAAAUUGCACUGUAUGGCUUAGGCUCCAUUCCAGAUGAAAGGCUCUAUCGAAUGUUUGUCAAUAAAAAAGUAACAAUGUUGAGACCAAAAGAAGAGGAGAACUCUUGGUUUAACUUAUUUGUGAUUCAUCAGAACAGGAGUAAACAUGGAAGCACUAACUUUAUUCCAGAACAAUUUUUGGAUGACUUCAUUGAUCUUGUUAUCUGGGGCCAUGAACAUGAGUGUAAAAUAGCUCCAACCAAAAAUGAACAGCAGCUCUUCUAUGUAUCACAACCUGGAAGUUCUGUGGUUACUGCUCUUUCCCCAGGAGAAGCUAUAAAGAAACAUGUUGGUUUGCUGCGUAUUAAAGGGAGGAAGAUGAAUAUGCAGAAAAUUCCUCUUCAGACAGUGCGGCAGUUUUUCAUGGAGGAUGUUGUUCUGGCUAAUCAUCCGGACAUUUUUAACCCAGAUAAUCCUAAAGUAACCCAAGCCAUACAGAACUUCUGUUUGGAGAAGAUUAAGGAAAUGCUUGAAAAUGCUGAACGGGAACGUCUAGGAAAUUCUCGACAGCCAGAGAAGCCUCUUAUACGACUGCGAGUGGACUACAGUGGAGGUUUUGAACCCUUCAGUGUUCUUCGCUUUAGCCAGAAAUUUGUGGAUCGGGUAGCUAAUCCAAAAGACAUUAUCCAUUUUUUUAGGCGUAGAGAACAAAAGGAAAAAACAGAAGAAGAGAUCAACUUUGGGAAACUUAUCACAAAACCACCUUCAGAAGGAACAACUCUAAGGGUAGAAGACCUUGUAAAACAGUAUUUUCAAACUGCAGAGAAGAACGUACAGCUCUCACUGUUAACAGAAAGAGGAAUGGGUGAAGCAGUACAAGAAUUUGUGGACAAGGAGGAAAAAGAUGCCAUCGAGGAAUUAGUGAAAUACCAGCUGGAAAAAACACAGCGAUUUCUUAAGGAACGUCAUAUUGAUGCUCUAGAAGAUAAAAUUGAUGAAGAAGUACGUCGUUUCCGAGAAAGUAGACAAAAAAAUACUAAUGAAGAAGAUGAUGAAGUUCGAGAGGCUAUGAAUAGGGCCAGAGCUCUCAGAUCUCAGUCGGAGGACUCUGCUUCUGCCUUUAGUGCCGAUGACCUGAUGAGUAUAGAUUUAGCAGAGCAGAUGGCCGAUGACUCUGACGAUAGCAUCUCAGCGGCAGCCACCAAAGGAAGAGGCCGAGGAAGAGGUCAAAGAGGAGGAAGAGGGCAGAGUUCAGCAUCCAGAGGAAGGUCGCAGAGAGGAAGAGCAGGCACUCGUCUGGAGAUAACCACUACUCAUAGCAGGAGUUCAAAGGCUGCUGGAUCAACAUCUAGAAAUAUGUCUAUAAUAGAUGCCUUUAAAUCCACAAGACAGCAACCCUCUCGAAAUGUUGCUACCAAGAAUUAUUCAGAGGUGAUUGAGGUGGACGAAUCAGAUGUGGAAGAUGACAUUUUUCCUACUACUUCAAAGACAGAUCAAAGGUGCUCCAGUGUGUCAUCCAGCAAAUCUAUGUCCCAGAGCCAAAUAGCCAAAGGGGUUGAUUUUGAAUCAGAUGAGGAUGAUGAUGAUGAUGAUCCUUUUAUGAACAUUAGUUCUUUAAGAAGAAACAGAAGAUAACAUAUUUAAUGGCACUUAGAAAUUUUCAAGAUAAAAAAGAAAUCAGAACAUUGCAAGCUAAGAAUUUACAGUUGAAAAUGUUUUAAGUAUUGCUCUUCAUGGAAGAAGUUGAAAAAGUUGUAUUUAACAGAAAACUUUGUGUUUUCUGAAUAAAUUCAUUAUUUCAUGAAUAUAAAUGAUAUUCAUUUACAUUUUUGAAUAUCAUUUCCUAAACAUGACUUCAUUACUUUAGAAAUUUACCAGCUCAAGAGCAUCUGUAAUACCAUCAGUUCUCAUUUUUUAAUCUGAUUGGCAUAGUAAGAGCUUUGUUUAAAUAUCAUUCUUAAAUAAGGAUUAAAAUAAAUCUACCAUUUUAUGUUUCUGUUUCAUGAUCAUGGACUAUGUCAGUAUUUUAAUGUGGUUACAUUUAGCCAAAGUUGAGGGAAAGAGCUUUAAACAUUUAACCUUUUCAUAAUUUUAAUGCUUUCCUAAAGUUUCUUCAUUUCUUUUUUUUAUUUAUAUAUUUUUAUUUCUUUCUUCUUUCUUUUUUUUUUGCAGUUUCUGGCCAGGGCUGGGUUUGAACCCACCACCUCUGGAUAUGGGGCUGGUGCCCUACUCCUUUGAGCCACAGGCGCUGCCCAGUUUCUUGAUUUCUUGAAAGUUGAAACAAUCUUUGUGAAACUGUGCCUAAGCUCACUAUUUGUUAUUAAGUAUGUGUUUUUUCUGUGCUUAAGACUUUGAAUGAUGGGAAGUACCUUUUAGUUUCAUUAAUAAUAGAAAUAAGUUUUUAUUAAAAAUAACAUUCUGUUAGAAUUACCAAGUUUUUAUUCCCAUUGUAACAAAGACUUUAGAAGAUUAUAUUCACAUUGAGUUGUAGUAAUUUUUUCUGUUAUACUCUAUCAUUAAUUAUUCUCUCUCAUGUAUGUAUCAUACCUAUUUCUAGGAGAAAAAGGGCAAAAAAAAUUUUUAACUAUCUUCUUGAAAAUAUUGUACUUUUUUAGGUAGAAUAGUGAGUUGAACUUGGGUUAUGUUAGAAGACUGAAAUAUAACUAAUGUAGAAUAUCAACGCCAAGAUUUUUCAUUAAUAAUAUCCUAUCAUAACUUUGGCUUAUGUGAAAUAUUUCUGAAUAGACAGUUUCAGAAAUUUUAGUAACUCAUGUUAAGUUUAUAUUUUCUUACUUGUUUUAAAGGGGAAAUAAGAAUUUGACUUCUUUAGAUUUAAAUUAAGUAAUCUCAUACUUUUCUUUAACCCUGUAAAAGACCCCUGAGCGUAUUCCUUCUUUCGCUCUUAUAAGGCAGUUUUACUUCUCAAGGAAGUUAGUUAUAGAGAUCUUGGGACAGCGUUUCUUCGUAGGUAGAAACAAACUCUUGACUGAACGAUCCUCAUGACCAUUAGAAUAGUCCUACCUGAAUGUGUCAAAUUAUAAGAGACAGACCUUUGGUUAGUGGCUGUUUCCAUAUUAAACACCUUUGCAGUGACCUCAGUCAAAAAUUGCUAGAUAAUAUUCUAAUGACUUAAAAAUAUUUUCUGUACUUAAUUUUAGCAUAAAGGUUAUUUUAGCAGGUAGCAUUCACUCAGUAAAAAGCAUUGCCCUGUGAAAUACUCUCAGGCAGAUCUGCCCCCAUCUUUGUUGUACUUCCUAUCUAGCAUUCCCAGUAUUGGAACAAAGCAGAGGUCACACUGGGGGUGAGCAUUAUGUCCAUGAUGGAAUGGAAGCUAUGAGAGGAGGCGGGUUCUAGGAGAGGCAGUUUUACUUCUGCACGGGCACACCGGCUCAGACUGAGCUGCCAGCCCUGUAGCUAUGAGCUCUUCUCAUUCACUGUUAGGGGGCUCAGUGAGGGUAAUAGUGGGGAGAGGGUCUCCGAAGUAUCCUGACAGCCUUCCGGGAAAAAGGAACAAGGCUUUCUCCCUUUAAACAGGUUGUUCUAGGUUUGGAGAGUGGUACUAAGUGUUACGUGGUUAGCUGUUAAGGAAGAAAGGGUGAAAAUCUCUCCAACUAAGUCAAGUCAUUUUUCAGGGUGUCCAUCCUUUUUUUUUCCCCCCUCUUAUAUACAUUGGAAGAGUAAGAGUUGUCUUGGCUACAUAUUAAAUACACAAACAAUAUUGAAAGUUGAUUAGCAAAAAAAAAAAAAAAAAGGUCCGUGCAUACUUUUCAUGCUAUCUGACACUACAGAUAAGCAAAAAAGGUCCUCACAAAAUCAAUAUGCAGACUGUGCAGGUUGGACAACCCUGGCUACAUAUCAAGCCCUGGAAAUAAGGUAAAUAAAACAUAAAAGGAAAAUCUUUUUGAUUAAAUAUUGUCCUUGAUAUUUUAUAUUGAUAUGGGCAAAAUCUGUUGGUUUUUUUCUUCUGACAAGUUUCAGACCUGUCGGUCUAGACGUGUAGACAUCUUUAGAUGGUUCUGGAGCACCUGCAUUUGCUCUUGAAGGCUGUGAGAGCAGGGAUGAAAACAUCUGAAGGGAACCCUUCUGUCGAUUACCAAAGAAUAGGUCUCUUUGUGGUGGUUUAUUUCCUGUCAUAAAAACACAGCAGUAAAUUUACAAAAUUAAGAAUGCAUUUAGUUCUAGGAAAUCCUGAGAAAUACAAUGUAGUGCUUAGAAAAUUGAAGUUUUGAGACCUGUGACUUUUAACUCAGGUACAUAUAAAAACCUUUUUUCCUAAACAUUUAAAAUUGUAAAAUACAAUAGCCGGGCGUUGUGGCGGGCGCCCGUAGUCCCAGCUGCUCGGGAGGCUGAGGCAAGAGAAUCACGUAAGCCCAAGAGUUAGAGGUUGCUGUGAGCCGUGUGACGCCACAGUACUCCACCCGAGGGCGGUACAGUGAGACUCUGUCUCUACAAAAAAAAAAUAAUAAUAAAAUUGUAAAAUACAAUAAAUACAGCAAAGUCACACAGUUUAACAAAUAAUCAUAAAGUGAGCACUCGUGGAACUGCUAUCCAGGUCAGGAAAUAAAAUGUUGCAGUGCCUCAGAAACCCAACAAAUGGUUCUCUCCCCUGUGGUUAGCUAGCCCUGACGUCUGUAAUUUAAAAGCUCUUAUUUUUGCCACAAUGGUGCUUCUACCAUUAGAUGCAGUUAGGAUGAUGCGGCUACACAUCUGAAAUUAAGGAGUUAGUGUAGCUGCAGUGUGUUUAGGACUUAUGGAGUAAUAGCAAACCUGUGUAGUAAUAACGUAAUUAUCUUUCUAAUCAUGUAACUUACAUAUGUAUUUCAACUGGUUUAGCCUGUUACUAUGGAAAUUAUCCGUUUGAUAAAUUUUGCAUAUAAAAGUUCCAGAAGAAAUGUCUUAAUAAAGAGAAAAAUCCUUUAUUAGAAGAAUUGAGUGGGGAAAAAAGUCUCCCAAAAUCAAUUUUUUCUUUGGAAAUGUGUAUUAUUUAAAAGCGACUUUCUCCAAAACUAAUCUGAUGUCCUUUUUGUCUCUGCUGUAAAAUUUAAUUCAUAAUAUAUUGCGGGUUUUUUUUUUUUUUAAGCUAACUACCCUUUUAAAUUUCUGUAUAAUAAAGAUAAGGUGUUUUGAAUAUAGUAAGCUUCCAAAUUCUUGAAUGAAAAACGUCUACAUUUCCUCAUUUGCUUAUCUCAUUUUCCUUAUUUAUCUUAAUCUAAUGUUUAUGAGGUCUGAAAAUACUAGAAUUUUAGUUUGAUCUCUGUAAAGCCAGUAUAUAUGGCUUGCUGAUGCUCCUUACAUCUGUAUAUCUUUACCACGUCAGAUCAUUUGAUCUGAUUUUAGCUGUUUUUAAAUUGCAAAAUCAAUGCAUAUUCUUCAAAAUUCAGGCAUUGAAAUGUGUAUCAGAGUGCACACAGUUACCCAUCCUUUCCCCAGGUACAGCCUCUGAACAAUUGGGUACAUGUUUCUCCAAUUACUGUUGACACGACUACUGAAAAAAAUUGUUAAAUUAAAACCCCCUAUUGUAUAGCCACAUAUUUUGGUUCCCAUAUCAAGGUAUAUGUUCUCCUUGUACUUAAUCUAUAUAUCCUGGUUUUCCACAUCUGAUUUGUCAACCUCUUAAUUAAACCAUCUCAUUGCCUUUUUUGAGGGAUAACCACACUGCUUCUCAGUAUGUUUUAAUUGUUAUUGCUCAUUUGGAUCAAAAAAAGGGAUAUUUAAUGUGUAGUACCUUGCUAUUGAAAGUGGCAAAAUAACUUUUUAAAGGUCUUCUGUCUGUUCAUUGCACUGAUCAGGGAAAGAGGUACAAUGGAUAUUAGGCUGGUUGGCCUGUGCCACCUUUCUGCCUCUGGGAGCCACUGUGCAGUCGUGAUGGUUCAUGUACAAAUGCUCAAAACUAGUUCAUAAGUGCCCGUGAUCACCUGUUACAUUUCAAGUGUUACAUCUUUUGUAAAAAUCAGUAUUUUUUACACUCUGAGCUUAAAACAUAACUCUAGUCUACCUAUCAUUGCCUUUGAACUGAGUAGGCAAUAUAUAUAACUGUGUAAGUGUUGCUAGAAGCAAAAAGCCAUUGCUUAUUGGGGUGAGAAGCACAGCUGCAUCUCUGCUGAGCCUUGGAUAGUCUGGAAAUGAAACUCUGAAGUGGGGGGAGUCAUUUGGCAUGCCUUAAAAUCUUCUGCCACACACACACACAGUGGCACUUGGCUGUAAUCCUAGCAUUUUGGGAGGCUGAAGCGGGAGGAUCACUGUAUGCCAAGAGUUCGAGACCAGCUUGAGCAAUACAGUGAGACGGGUCACUACCAAAAAUUAUAAAAUUUAGUUGGGCAUGGUGGUGAGAUCUUGUAGUGCAGCUAUUAGGUUAGUGCAAAAGUCAUGGUUUUCACAUUGUUGAAAUGUGCCGUUUUGAGACGGGAAUACAUUCUGAAAUGUUAUGCUAUACAUCAUUUUAAUGCACAUUUCUUGCUUUAUGUUUUUUUGCCAGUGACUUAUUACUUGCUGUCUGUGUUUAUUUUGGACUAGGGAAAUGAUGUUAGACAAAAAGCAAAUUCAAGUGAUUUUCUCAUUUUAGUUAAAAAUGGGUCCUAAAGCAGUGGAGACAACUUCCAACAUCAACAUGCAUUUUUUCCAGGAACUGCUAACAAACAUGCAGUAUAUAGUAGUGGUUCCAGAGCUUUGACGAGGAGUGUAGGCCAGGCUCCGUGGCUCCCGCCUGUAAUCCUAGCACUGUAGGAGGCCAAGGCGGGUGGAUUGCUUGAGCUCAGGAGUUGGAGACCAGCCCGAGGAAAAAUCCAGACCCCUGUCUCUACUAAAAAUAGACAAAACUAAGCAAGAUGAUUGCUGAGCCCAAGAGUUGGAGAUUGCUGUGAGCUAUAGUGAUGCCACAGCACUCUACCCAGGGCGACAGCUUGAGACUGUCUCAAAAAAAAAGGAAAAAAAGUGUAGUGGCUGGCCACUGGAAGUUGACGGCCAGGCCAGUUGAGAGCAAUCACCAAAGCUGAUCCUCUGGUGACUACAGCAGAAGUUGUCGAACAAUUCAAUGUCAACCAGAUGGGUGUUUGGCAUUUGAAGCAAAUUCGAAAGGUGAAAAAGCUCAAUAAGUGGGUGCCUUAUGAGCUGACUGAAAAUCAGAGCCAUCGUCAUUCAACAACAAUGAACCAUUUCUUGAUCAGUUAUGAUGUGUGAUGAAAAGUGGAUUUUAUACACCAAUGGCAAUGACCAGCUCAGUGGUUGAAGUGAGAGGAACCUCCAAAGCCAAACUUGUACUAGAAAAAGGUCAUGGCCACUGCUCGGCGGUCUGCUGCCGUCUGAUCUACUACCGCUUUCUGAAUCCCAGCUAAACCAUGGCAUCUGAGAAUUAUGCUCAGCAAAUCCAUGAGAGGCACCAAAAAUUGCACCACCUGCAACCGGCAUGUCAACAGAAAGGGCCCAGUUCUCUAUAACGCCCAAUCGUAUACCACACAACCAGUGCUUCCAAAGUUAAACAAAUUAGGCUGCAAAAUUUUGCCUCAUCUGCCAUAUUCACCUGACUUCUUGCUAACUGCCUACCACUUCUUCGACUUUUUGCAGAGAAAACACUUCCACAACCAGCAGAAUGCAGAAAAUGCUUUCCAACAGCUUUUGAAUCCCGAAGCAUGGAAUUUUAUGCUAUAGGAAGAAACAAACUUAUUUCUCACUGGCAACAAUAUGUUGAUUGUAAUGGUUCCUAUUUUGAUUAAUAAAGAUGUGUUUGAGCCUAGUUACAAUGAUUUAAAAUUCAUGAUCCAAAACUGCAAUUACUUUUGCACCAACCUGAUACUUGGGAGAAUGAGGCAGGAGGAUCACUUGAGCCCAGAAGUCUAGAAGUCAGAGACUGUACUGAGCUAUGAUGAUGCCACUGUGCUCCAGCCAGGGCAAC